AGAUAGUAUCUAUCUAACUUAAAGAAAAUGAUUUAGUAAGAUUAGUAAGAAGAGAUAUAAUAAUAAUAAAAUAUCACAAUAACAAAUGAAGCAAAAUAAGAACAAAACAAGGCAAUCAACGAAGAAUAUUUAGAAUGUAAUCUUAUAAGUAUAUCAAUUUAAAGAAAUAAUUAAUAAUUCAUAUAAAUUUGAUGAGAUAUUUUAUGAGUUAGCUUUAUUAGAGACAGAAGAAAAAAUUAUAGAGAACGAACUUCUCGAAGAAAAUAAAAAUAAAGGUGAAUUAUUCAUCCAUAAAGGUAAUAUUAUAUUUUAACUCUUAAGCAAAACUUUUAGUAAAAUUAGAUAAAUAUGAUGAGUAUUGGGAAUAUAUUAAUCAAGUAAUUGCUUUAAAUCCAAAAAAUUAACGACUAAUUCUUCACAAAGGUAGAAUAUAUCUACAAACUAUUUUAGGGAUGACAUUAACUCUUUUAAAAAAAUAUGAAGAAGCUUUUGAAUGUUUUAAUGAAGCAAUAAAAAUAGAUCCUAGUAAUCAAGAAUUUCUAAUUGAGCUAGGUAUUAAUUUUUUUAUUUUUAAUGUAGGGUAAUCACUAGAAAGCGUUGAUGACUUUGACGGAGCUUACAAAUUUUAUAUUGAGGCUCAGAAGCUUGGUGACAAUGUAGUUGGGUUAAAUAUAAAUAUAAAUAAAGGUAAUUUUCAAUAGAAAUUCUUUUUAGCUUCUACCUUAAUUAAUUUACAUAGAUGUGAAGAGGCCAUUAAAUUGUGUGAUCAAGAACUUUCAAAUGCUACAUGUUAAAAACGUGCUUAUGCUACUAAGGGUAUCAUAUAAUUACAUUAAUACAAGCAAGGGCAUUAUAUGUAUCACAUCGAUAUCAAGAAGCUCUUGAAAUUUGUGAUAAAUUAAUUUAAAUGGAUGAAAAUUUCGACUUGGCUUAUGAUAUCAAGGGUAAUUUUAGUAGAAAUUUUUAUAUCUUUUUAGGAAGGACCCUAGCUAAUUUAAAGCGACCUGAAGAAGCAAUCUAACAAUGUCUAAAAGCUAUUAGAUUAAGUUAGUAGGAUUAUAUACCUUACGCUACCAUAGGUAAAAUACUAUUUAAAGUUUACUCCAGCUGGAGCAUUAGUUUAAUUAAAACGUCAUGAAGAGGCGAUUAAAUUUGCUGAUAUUUCACUUAAAUUAAACCCAAAAGGUGAUAUAGCUCUUGGUAACAAAGGUAUUUUUACAACUUAAUAGUUAAGGAUUAGCAUUAAGUCAUUUAAAUAGGCUAGAAGAGGCUGUUGAGUAUUUUGAAUAAGCCCUUUCAAUAACAAAAGAUCAUCCUAUUCUAAAUUAUUUUAUGGGUAUGGUUAAUUUUUAAUAAUUAUUUAGGAUCUACAUUAAUAAAUCUAGAAAGAGAAGAAGAAUCUAUUGAAUAUUUAGAUAGGGCUAUAAAGAGCGAUCCAAAAAAUAAUGAAUACAAAUUGAGGAAAGGUAAAUUUAAUUUUAGCAUAAUUACUUUAGGAAUAGCAUUAUAUAAUUUAGGGAGAAAUGAAGAGUCAAUUGAGAUUUUUAACGAAGAAAUUGCUUUAAAUCCAAAUAAUUAUUUGGGAUAUUUUUUGAAAGGUAAAUGUGUUAAAAAUUACAAAUUUAGGAAAGGCUCUAUUUAAUUCAUUUAGAUUUUAAGAAGCAGUUUUAUCUUUAAGUGAAGCCCUUAAACUCCAUUAAACAGAAUUUGGGAUAUGGAAUCUAAUGGGUAAAUUAUAAUUUGACUAACAAAAAAGGAAGAUCAUUAUUAAGCUUGCAAAUGUUUGAUUAAUCGAUUAUAUAUUUAUUGAAAGCACACGAAUUAGAUCCUUAGAAUGAAGUAACUAUAUUUAACAUAGGUAAUUUUUCUUGACUCAAACUUUAGGUCUUUCAUUAGAACGUCUAAAUAAAAAUGAUGCCGCCAUUUUUUGGAUUAAUAAAGGUCUAAAGAUUUGUCCAAACGCUCAUUAUGCAUUAGAUUUAAUGGGUCUUAUUUUUAAUCUUAUAAUAAUAGCAAAAAUUUUAAUAAAAAUUGGGAAAUUUAAAGAAGCGACAUUAUACUCAUAACAAGCUGUAAGUCUAGAUCCUUGUAAUGAAGAGUAUUAAUAGAAUUAUAGUAAUAUGAAUAUCAUCUUUAGUGAAAGGUUUAUAUAUGUUGGAAUUGGAAUACGCAUCUAUGGAACACUAAUGAUGAAAUAAAUCGACAUGAUUAGAAAUAUUAUAUAUAAAACAGUAGAUAUUUAUAUCAAAUUAUCAUUUUUAUAUUUAUAUAGCA